AAAGCGAAAAAAAUUGAAGAACGUCAAGUGAAUACACAAUCUUCUGGUGUGCUGAUAGAAUUUUAGUUUUAUUAUUGUAAAUAAUGUAUUUUAUUUCGCUUUGAAGUGUGAUUUUACACCGGUUCCUAGUAAAUUUAUUGCUAUCGUAGUUUUUAAGCAGCACAAAGUGAAUAAAAGCAAAUACAAAUACAAAUAGCAUUUAUCCGGCCGAUGAUUUGAGCUGGUUUGUUUUGGUUUUCCAAGUGCUCUUCAAGUCAACAUCAUCCCGGUGAUCUAGUCAGAUAAUUCCGGUUCCUGAUUCCUAUGGCAGUUCAAAGGACAAGCAUGACCGACUCUCUUCCAGCGUUUGUGACUGAAAUCGACAUAAAUGAAAUCGAAACUUUAGGGACUGUAGGGAAAGGAUCAUUCGGAACGGUCAUUAGAGGCAGAUGGAAAAAUAACUUCGUUGCCGUGAAGCUUAUUGAAUUCGAGGCCGAUCGGGAUGCAUUUAUCACAGAAGUUUGUCAACUUUCGCGGGUGGCUCAUCCGAAUAUUAUUGGUCUGUUUGGAGCAUGUACUAGACGGCCGAAUGUAUGCCUGGUGAUGGAAUAUGCCGAUGGAGGAUCACUGCACACAGCCCUGCAUUGUCGACCGAAGCCACACUAUACGGCUGCACAUGCAAUGAGCUGGGCGAGACAGUGCGCUGAGGGCGUUGCAUAUCUACACGACAUGACUCCGAAAGCAAUGAUUCAUCGGGACUUGAAGCCACCUAAUUUGCUGCUAGUCAAAAAUGGAACAGUGCUCAAAAUAUGCGACUUUGGCACUGUAACGGAUAAGUCCACCAGAAUGACCAACAACAAGGGAAGCGCCGCCUGGAUGGCACCGGAAGUGUUCGAAGGGUCAACCUACACGGAAAAGUGCGACGUGUUCAGCUGGGGCAUCAUUCUGUGGGAAGUGAUCGCUCGGGAGCAACCGUUCAAAAAUAUGGAAAACCCGUACGCCAUCAUGUGGAAAGUCCACCAGGGAAGUAGGCCUCCGCUGAUCGAAGGCUGUCCGAAACCCAUCGAGCAGCUCAUAAUUAACUGUUGGAACCAAGAGCCCAAGAAUAGACCCUCAAUGCAGGAAGUGGUUGAUCAGAUGAAUCAACUGUGCAAGUUCUUCCCAGGGGAAUACGAACCGAUAGAGUAUCCGAAUGAAGCUGACGAUGACGAGGAAUCUUCAUACACUCACGACGAUAGCACCCUGGACACAAACCAUCAUGGCACGGGUUCAAGCUCCAACUCUACGUACUACGGAAGAAAUCAUGGCACGAUAACGUCUAAUAACGCCACCAACACCAGCACGCCGGUUGCAACGAGCACUAAUUUAUCGCGCUUCACUGGCUACCGCACGAAUGACUAUCGCAGUCCGGCGAGGAAUACCUACUCCAGGGGUUCCGACUAUGGACGGUAUUCAAUCAGCAAUGAUACCCUUGGGAGCAGUCACUAUUCGAGAAACGCUCGCCCAUCGAUGGUAGGUUACGUGGCGCCAGAUUAUAACUAUCGGAGCACAGCGCUUCGACGGAACCGAGGCAGAUCACCUCCUCCGCAUGCUGCCGAACCUAUCAGCAAUGAUGUUACGCCCGUGCCUUACCGAAUGAAUAACCAGCUCAGUGUUGCCAUUGAUCCGUCUAUGACGUGGAAAGACGCUAAUACAGGAGAGCCUUUACGAGACCUAGUAGAAAACUCAUCAAACAACCAAGGCACAGAGAGACUGGUCGUAACCAGAAGAAACAAUGUACCGAUCGAUAACAAUUUGCCGUGCUCUACAGCGGCAGCGGCAACCACCAUAGCUCCCAGCAAGCUAAGCGCUGGCAAUGCAAACUUCAGCACCUCUAGUCAUAUAGCCAACACCUCCGGAGGCGUCAACAUCAACAGUGUGGAUGCCGUGGCCGCUGGCAUAAAUCGUCCAGUGUCGACGUCAUCCAGCGCGGAAACGUCUCUGGACUACAAAUCACUCAACAGCAUUUUGGACGACAAUCUACGACCGUUGGCGCCCAUACCGGGAAAUUCGCGAUCGGAGCAAAUUCACGACGAGCAUGAGAAACUUGUGCAGGAGUAUUGGGAGAUCCAAACACAAAUUGGUAUUAGUCAGGCUCUUCGUGAUAACCUUCAAGCGAAUAUGCCAGCAGAAGAACUUCGGUUAAAAAAGGAAUACUUAAAAAAGCUAGAAGAAAAGGAAGCAUUGAUGAAAUUCAAAGCCUCCCUUCAACAACAGCUGGACGACCGACGGCGAAUGGCUUGCAACGCUCAAGUUCACACUCCUUCCGUGGUACGGCUCCAGCAGAAUCAGCAUCAGCAAUCUGUACCCGGUAGCACGGUUGCUGGAUCACCAACUAGACCCUUCCAAAGACAAGACUCUGCCAACGACUCCACUUGGGUGCUGGUCAACCGGACAGACAUUGACCACGAUCCGACGCAACCGGAGGCCCCCGGUGGAAACAAUCCCAGUUGAACCAUUUCCGAGUCUCUACAUUGCCAGGAAGAAUGCAUAAUUGUGAUCAAUGCACGGACAGCGUGUGCUGCCUUAUGGGUGGGCUGAGUUGUUCUACAAGACGAGUGCCAAAAACAAACAGGAAUAUGUUUUCCUUAUCAUUCGAAACGAAUUCAAACUCAAGUGAUGUCAAACGUUAUGUUUGAAUAAUGUUACUUAUAAAACUUACUACAUAUUUAUCGAAUUUUAAACAACGAUACCAUUUAUUUAGAUUUUAAUAAGUUUGAAUAAAAGAUGUGCUGAAAUACGACCAAA